AUGCCUGUGAGCAUCUUGCGUAAGGCCUGCUCCUGGUCACAAGUCUUCAUCCAACUGGUGAAUCUCCCUAGAUGCAAAGCAGUUUCAAAAGCUUCAAGCAAACUAGGAAAGGGGCUCAGCGGGGACAGGAGGGUCACAGGGGAAGUAAAAGAAAAUAACCAUGCAUAUGAUUAUGGAAACAUAAGCCUGACUCAUGCUUAUGUCAUGUUAUGUGGCUGUGGCCUGCUGGGUGUGGGCAUCUGGCUGUCAGUGUCGCAAGGAAACUUCGCCACGUUUUCUCCUAGCUUUCCGUCACUUUCAGCUGCCAACCUAGUCAUUGCCAUUGGCACAGUCAUCAUGGUGACCGGCUUUCUGGGCUGCCUAGGUGCUAUCAAGGAAAACAAGUGCCUCCUGUUGAGUUUCUUCAUCGUUUUGCUGAUAAUUCUCCUGGCAGAGCUGAUAUUACUCAUUUUGUUCUUUGUUUAUAUGGACAAG